ACAGGCUAGGGUUGUAGUGUACUGGAAAGGGGGAAGGAAAUUACUCUGAAUGAUGAUAUAGUUCAAGAAGAUAUGCUGACAAAAUAAGGCACUAGCGAAAGCACCAUUGGGGUUUCUCAGAAUCUGUUGGUCUGUGGCACUGAGCCCUAUAAAGCCUUAACCACCGUGCCCUCCCGUCUCUACCGCCAGAUGUGAACAGUGCCAAUUUCGUGCUACACCAGCCUUACUUUCGGAUUGGUCAAUAACCAAGCGCUUGGUUCCUCAAAGCACUGAGAGAGUUACUACCGAGAAACCUAGCGAGUUACUACCGAGAAACCUAGCGAGUUACUACCGAGAAACCUAGCGACUCUCACCAUCAAAGACCGCGAACAGCCUAUUUCAAGGGGCGUGGAUAAGGCCUUUUUGUGGAGGGCUAGUCUGAGAUAAAGUUGGGCAAACUGUUCCCUGUACUCUCCUCCGUCCUCCUGAGGUCACUCACAGCAAGAAGAAUCACUCUAAUUGGAGACACUACGGUGUCCCCAUACCGGGACGGUUGUUGCUAACGUGACUAUAAUGACAGCUGAGUGAGUGGAAUGGCCGGGACUGUCGUUGUUUUGAGUCAAACUCACUGUGCUGGGCCCCACAGCCUGGUACUGUGUGGGUGCUAACAGAGAGGAACAAAGCAUGUGGACCACGUCUGCCAUGACAGUCAACAUGUCUGAGGCUGAGCCAGACCACAUUAACUGCACCAUCAGCCAUGAGAUCCACCAGUACCUGUUCUCUGUGGCAUACAUCCUGGUUCUUUUGAUUGGCGUUCCCACCAACACCUACUCCCUCUACCAUGCCUGGCUUCAGCUGAGAGACAAGAACGAGCUGGGGAUCUACCUUCUCAACCUGACCGUGUCAGACCUCCUCUACCUGGCCUCUCUGCCUCUCUGGCUGCAGUACAUCUUCCAGGGAGAUGACUGGAGACAAACUGAGUGGCUUUGCCAGCUGUGUGGCUUCCUGCUCUAUGAAAACAUUUAUGUUAGUAUCGGAUUCUUAUGUUGUAUCUCUAUAGACCGUUACCUAGCCGUAGUGUACCCAUUCCGCUUCACAGCUUUUCGAAGUAUGCGGGCAGCCACGUUGGCCAGUGCCUUCAUCUGGCUGAAAGAGAUUGCUGUGGGUGUUGUCUUUUUCAGACACAAGGAACUAAGCAGGGACAGCACCAACCAAUCGGUGUGCUUUGAGCACUACCCCAUGCAGCCGUGGGAGUACCCAAUCAACUACUACCGUUUCGCCGUUGGCUUCCUGUUCCCACUAGGCAUCCUGUCCGUGUCGUAUCUCCGCGUCCUGCGGGCGGUCGGAAAAAGCGUAGGCACGCAAAGCACCCAGAAAACGCGCAUCAAGAACCUGGUGACCAGCACCAUUGUCAUUUUCCUGGUGUGUUUCUCUCCAUACCAUGUGUUCCUGCUGGUGCGUACCAUCUUGGAAAGAGACUGCCCCUUCAUAAUCAACAUCUUCAACUACUACCACGUGUCCCUGCUGCUCACUAGCUUCAACUGCGUGGCCGACCCAGCGCUGUACUGUUUCGUCAGUGAGAGGGCCCAGCAGGGGAUCCAACAAGCCCAGGAGGCCUGUACCCAGGCCCUCUGCUGCUGCUGCCACAGGGGACAGCACAGCCCCGUCACAGCCACAGGUACAGACUCCGAGGUGGCCACCUCCAACGAGAACAGAAAAGUCUCAGUCACACUGCUGACAUCCAGUAGUAAUAUUAAUAAUACAUGGGUUUUAUGAAGCUCUUUUGAAGGACCCAAAGACACUUGAGUAGUAGACUAGGAGCUAGGGUUGGAUUUAGAUGAGCGAGAAGGUCGGGGAAAAAAUACAUAGUGACAGGACAUUGGACAUGAGACAUUGGGCAAUGAUAUGAUUAUGGGCAGUCCCAAGAGCAGUAACAUGUGAAGUUCAUAGGAGCCCAUCAAAUAUGCUGUCAAAUGAAAGCUAAGAGUCUAUAUUUUUGAGAAAUUAACAUAUAUAUAUAUAUAUAUAUAUAUGUAUAUAUAUAUAUAUAUACAUUUUUCAACCAUUUCCAAUGCAAAAAAUGUGGAAUAUGCAAAGGCUUUGAUUUCUGUUCAAACAGAUAGAAAAGGAGUCGUAUAAAACAUCUCCCAGAAAAAGUCUUAACGAUAUUAGAAAUACAUCAAAACCCAGUAAUGUUGAAGUAAAGACCCUUCCAAGUAAUAUAUUUAUAUUUAGUUUUGCAGAAAUGAUUUGACGUCUGUAAGUUUAAGGAAUAUUGCCUAGUGUCUUGUCCCUCUCUUACCAGAAACAUUAAGAUAUUUUCUCAUUUCUCUCCCUCAUGAGGAGGGAGGAUAAUGAAAGUUCACAUAAGUAACAAUUAAAGGUAGACCUACCGAUUUAGUGAUUUUACUGAUAACAAUUUGGUUUAUGAUUUAUUAAGUGAUUUAAAACGUGUCAUUUUGUUACCAAAUUGGUAACAGAAUGACUGCAACUGAAUUGUCUGCAAUGGGAGUUCAUAGUAGUUACAUACCAGGUGGGUCAUCUGCUAAUGUCCUCCCUUCUACUGGCAUACUGUUAUGUUCAGCUCAUAACUGUUUUCUUUCUCUUUCCGUUGUGUGGCGGUCAAAGCAACAGUGUGAAAACAGUCUGGACAACCCCGCCCUCUCUCUCCCUGUCUCUCUUCUCUCUCCAGUUGAAGUCACUUCUCCUGGUUCUUAUUGACACCUAGCCAUGACUCUCAUGAGCCCUCUCUAUUUCCAAUUACUGUAACCAGCCCUCUCACCCACUGACCACCGACAGACACCGGACGUCCAUGGACAUGGAAAAGUAGUUUACAUUUUGUCAGUCCAAAUCUAAACCAAUCAUAGAUGUCUGUUUCUACUGUACUGACCUUUACUUUUCUGAACUCUACUGUACUGACCUUUACUUUUCUGAACUCUCCUGUACUGACCUUUACUUUUCUGAACUCUACUGUACUGACCUUUACUUUUCUGAACUCUACUGUACUGACCUUUACUUUUCUGAACUCUCCUGUACCGACCUUUACUUUUCUGAACUCUCCUGUACUGACCUUUACUUUUCUGAACUCUACUGUACUGACCUUUACUUUUCUGAACUCUCCUGUACUGACCUUUACUUUUCUGAACUCUACUGACCUUUACUUUUCUGAACUCUCCUGUACUGUUCUUUACUUUUCUGAACUCUCCUGUACUGACCUUUACUUUUCUGAACUCUCCUGUACUGACCUUUACUUUUCUGAACUCUCCUGUCCUGACCUUUACUUUUCUGAACUCUCCUGUACUGACCUUUACUUUUCUGAACUCUACUGUACUGACCUUUACUUUUCUGAACUCUACUGUACCGACCUUUACUUUUCUGAACUCUACUGUACUGUAUUUUGGUGCUGUACUUUGUUGUCCAAACAUGUGAAACAAUGACGUCUAUUAUUGGUACAGAUUUGGUCCGAAUCGGACCAACCAAAUAUGGUCUUGUUUGGGGCCGGAGCUCAUUAGAAUAAUAGCCAUUGUGUAGAAUAAUACAUUACAUGUGUUCUACCUUUGUGUACCCUUUCAGAAUACAUCACAAUGAGGAGAAGGACAUUCAUAAUUAAGCACUUCUGUAUAGUACAGAUCAGGGUCUCGUGAUGUGACCAUCUGUUUCCGGGUGUUAAUCCACUUCACUUACUGUAGUUCAAUAACCAAAGUAGAUUUUUUUUCAAACUCAAGUUGUCAUAUAGCUGACACCGAUUCUUUCUGCAGACAUCUUUGAAUCUUAAUUUGGAGUAAAACGUGGUCCAAAAAAACUGAGGGAGAUUAUAUUGGCAUUCUGUUAACAAACUUUACAUCUGCACUGUUCUUCGAGUAAAUGUUUUUGUAAAAUAUUCAGUGGAAAUUGUUAAAAGUAGUCCUUGUGCAUAGAGCUGAAUGUUUUGUAGAACUUUGCAAUCAAUGGUUUUUGUCUGGCAUACAGUCUGUGUCAUUCUGUUACAGUGGUCUUGGACAUAUGACAUCGUAAAAGUGUUAUAAUUAAGGUAUAACAUAUGAAUAUGAUGCUUUUAGUUUUUUUAAAUGAAUGUUCUAUACUUUCUUUAACAUGUGCAGGACACUUGCACAGGUGAUGCUGCCUUGUGUAUAAGCCUGAGUUGAAAACUCUCUUGCAUAUCAAGUUCUUUCUGCAACAUUGUCAGGUUUUUAUCUUUCAUCACAUUAUGUAAUAUUCAUUGUGUGUUUUUGGUUUUGGGAGGGACUCUGAAUGCAUACGACAUAUCAGCACAGAUUCGACAUAUCAGCACAGAUACGACAUAUCAACAUAGCCUCUUGACCAAACUUAUCUCUAUUUCCUGUUUGUUUAUUUUUAAGUACACUGAACAAAAAUAUAUAAAGUGUUGGUUUCAUGAGCUGAAAUAAAAUAUCCCAGAAAUGUUUCAUACACACAAUAGCUUAUUUCUCUUAAAUGUUGUGCACAAAUUUGUUUACAUCCCUGUUAGUGAACAUUUCUCCUUUGCCAAGAUAAUAAUCCACCUGACAGGUGUGGCAUAUCAAGAAGCCGAUUAAACAGCAUGAUCAUUACACCUUGUGCUGGGGACGAUAAAAUGUCACUCUAAAAUGUGCAGUCUUGUCACACAACACAACACAGAUAUCUCAAGUUUUGAGGGAGCGUGCAAUUCGCAUGCUGACUGCAGGAAUGUCAACCAGAGCUGUCAUUUUAGAGAAUUUGGCAGUACUUCCAACCGGCCUCACAACUGCAGACCACGUGUAACCAAACCAGUCCAGGAUCUCCAGUACCGGCUUCUUCACCUGCGGUGUUGUCUGAGACCAGCCACUCGGACAGCUGAAGAAACUGUGGCUUUGCACAACUAAAGAAUUUCUGCACAAACUGUCAGAAACCAUCUCAGGGAAGCUCAAUUGUGUGCUCUGCGUCCUCACUCGGGUAUUGACCUGACUGCAGUUCGGCGUCGUAAUCGACUUCACUAGCACGCUGGAGAAGUUUGCUCUUCACGGAUGACUCCCAGUUCAGUUUCAACUGUACCGGGCACAUGGCAGACAGCGUUUAUGGCGUUGUGUGGGUGAGCGGUUUGCUGAUGUCAACGUUGUGAACAGAGUUCCCCAUGGUGGUAGUGGGGUUAUGAUAUGGGCAGGCAUAAGCUAUGAACAACGAACACAAUUAUAUUUUAUCAAUGGCAAUUUAAAUGCACAGAGAUACUGUGACGAGAUCCUGAGGCCCAUUGUUGUGCCAUUCAUCCGCCGCCAUCACCUCAUGUUUCAGCAUGGCAAUGCACGGUCCCAUGUCGCAAGGAUCUAUACACAAUUCCUGGAGUUGUGAAAAUGUCCCAGUCCUUCCAUGGCCUGCAUACUCACCACAAGUCACCGAUUUGAGCAUGUUUGGGAUGCUCUGGGUCGACGUGUAGGACAGUUUUUUUGAUCCACACCCCUACUUUUUUAUUUUUAAGGUAUCUGUGACCAACACAUGCGUAUCUGUAUUCCCAGUCAUUUAAAAUCGGAGAUUAGGGCCAAUUUAAUUUAUUUCAAUUGACUGAAUUCCUUAUAUAUAAUGUAACUCAGUAAAAUGUUUAAAAUUGUUGCAUGUUUCGUUUAUAUUUAUGUUCAAUGUACACAUAGUUAUUAUCUUAAUAGGUCCUCUGGGAUUCUUGCUGCUUAAUAUAUGUGAAUUGCUCCCACUUUCAGGGGUACGUAAGGAUUCCUCAGCUCAGAUUCAUAACUGACUGUGUGUGGAGAGCAUAGACAUACUGUAUAUACAUACAUCAUUGGUUGAGAGCCUUAAGGGAAGCAUCAGCACCGGGUCAAGCUCAGUAGUACCCCAGAGGUCUUGACUUCUGUGUUUAGCAUAAGUUGUUCAGUGUUCUCUACUGCACUCUUUCCCAGGGGUUUGCUCCUCUUAAGGAUGUCUGAGUUGGAACUGCCCCAUGAUGCCCUCAUCCCUUUUCCAGGUCCCAUGUCUUCCCAGGCCAUGUCCUGGCCACACAGCCUGAGUAUUUCCAGGUUAAACGACCCACAUGGGAACUAACGUAGCUGACCUUUCACACUCUCCACCGAUUAUUUUCUGCUGCAUGUUUUCCCUCCUUACAUUAGGAGUUUGGUUUUAAAGUACCACAUCUCCCCAGAACAGAGAGAGAGAGCGAGAAAUAGGCUUUUCAAUUGUGAAUUAUGCAGUUGUAAAUCACUGAAGGAUGGACUGGUUGUUCUACAGUCAAACAUUGAGAGUUCAUAAAUCAAAGUAUUUCAAAGCAGAAUAAGAACCCAGGGGUCAAUAAAUUCACACAGAAGGACCCAGGGUAACAAUAUUGUUGACUCUUUUAUAUAACAUUUCACAGGGGCUCUAAUGGGAUCAAAUGUAAUUUGUUUAAAUGUAUGUUUAACCACAUCAUGAAAAUAUGAACAUAAAUCUGUAGAGCAAGUACUGUAACCAAUUCAUUGGUUUAAUGUUAUUUUUCCUUGCUGUUUGAGAGAUUUGCUUUGUGAACAUGCAGUCAUGCCUGAUGUUAGCAGUGAUACACUGUACUCAGUGAUGCAUGAAAUGCCUUCUCACUGCGUGUUUUUCUUCUUCUGCUAAAGUUAUGAAUGGAAACAAAGAGGUCAUAUCAGUUUGGUCUAAUCGGAAAUAUUCUCUUCACAUCUGUCUCAUAUAUCCGGCAAUACCGCUGUUAAUCCGGCACCUAGUGGUUAGCUCAACAAGUAGAAGGAAUUAGAGACGCUGUUGCACCCUCUUGACAAGAGUGGUGAUGGUGUUGGUUCAUGACAAUGUGGACACCGAGGAACUCUCUGAUACAGUCCCAUUGAUGUGGAUCGGGGCAUGUUCCCUCCAAUGCUCCCUGAAGUCAACAAUCAACUCCUUUGUUUUCUGACGAUGAGGGAGAGGUUGUUGUCAUGACACUACAAUGCCAGUUCACUUACCUCACUAUAAGCUGACUUGUCAUGGUUGGCUAUCAGGCCUAGAAUCGUGGUGUCAUCAGCAAACUUGAUGGAGUUGGUGUCGUGCAAAGCCACGCAGUCGUGGUUGAACAGGGAGUACUGAUGACACACCGCUGUGUUGAGUCAGUGUGGAGGAGGUGUUGUUGCCAAUCCUCACAGCCUGCGGUCUGCCUGUCAGGAAGUCUAGGAUCCAGUUGCAGAGAGUGGUGUCCAGACCCAGGCCUCUGAGCUUGGUGUUGAAUGUGAAAAGAACAAUAGUGUUGAAUGUUGAACUGCAGUCAAUGAACAGCAUUCUCACAUAGGUGUUCCUCGUGUCCAGAUGUGUUACGGCUGUGUGAAUAGUGAUAGAAAUGGCAUCUUCAGUGGAUCUGUUGUGGCUGUAGGCAAAUUGGAGUGGGUCCAGUGUGCCUGGCAUGCUGGCCUUGAUAUGGGCCGUGACCAGCCUCUCGAAGCACUUCAGGAUGACAUAGGUGAGCACGACGGGACAAUAGUCAUUUGGGCAUGUCACGUUGUUAUUCUUGGGCACUGGGACAGUGGGGGUCUCCUUAAAGCAAGUGGGCACUACAGCCUGGGACAGGAACAGGUAAAAUAUUUCAGAGAAGACGCCCGCUAGCUGGUCAGCACACACUCUGAGGACACGGCCUGGGAGGCCGGCUGCUUUGUGAGUGUUUACUCUAUUGAGAGUUUUCCUCACGUCAGGCUCCGAGAGCAAAAGCACCUGGUGGGCGAUAGGUUCAGUACACAUCACUGUAUUCUGUAUCAGAACGUAGGCUUGCACUCUUUGAAGUAUCGUAGAUUGAUGCAUUGCACUCUUUGUUUAUAAAGCCCUCCUGCAUAAACUUCCGCCGUACCUUACUUCAUUGUUAACAGAUGUACGAGAUGCCAGACCAUGGCUAACUCUGGAGAUCCCUUCAGUUGGGUUGAUAUGCUUUUUAGUUUUUAUGGAAGAACUUAGGUAAAAAUAUUUAAGUUCUACUUGAGUAGUUUUUGGGGAUAUCUGUACAUAUUUAUAUUUUUGACUACUUUUACUUUUACUCCACUAUAUUCCUAAAGAAAAUGAACAAAUUUCCCUCAAAGACCGACAAGAUCCCUCGGAAUAGAUUGUCUUCCAACUUGGACAUUUUGGAAAACCAUAUAAUACCAAAUUCGGUAUGUAGGCCCAUGCUACAUAUCUUAACUUAGUUUGAGAAAAGGUAAGGGAUUUGUUAAGAGAUGGCUGAGUUAGUGAUAAAGCAGGAAAUCAGAUGUUACAUGUCCAUUUAAAUCCUUUGUGAAUCCACUUCACAAUGACAUAACAGCUCGAAACUGUUUAGGGUUACCGAAGACAUUACCAUGAUGAACCAUGUUAAGUUUGGCAUUGACAUCUUAAAAAAUAAGGAAACUAUUAAUAGUUCACUUGACGAUGUAACGCUAAUACUUAAAAUAAUCAUAACAUCUUCUUCUCAUGGUCUAAAAGUCUGAUUCACUCUGAAUUUAAUCUUUGUAAAUAGUCCCUAAAGAGUUUGAGAAAAUAACAUUGAUGCAUUCAAAGAUGCUAAAAAUACUAAAGAAAUCUUCUCAUGAACCAUAGGAUCAAAUGACACCACAUUUGGAAUGUAGGCCUAUCGUAUGUCUUAACGUAGCUAAGGAAUUGGUCAGAUUUUACAUGUCCAUUAAAAACCACUGUAAAUCCACUCUGAUCUUGUCCUUUCUGUCAUCCUGUGAACCCCAUUCAUUGCUGCUUCCAGCUAUAUUUUAUGAUUGUGUUUUGCUUUUCAUGUAUUGUUGUGUAUUAUAACAUGCAUUUGAAUGUGUAUAUGGAUGUGUUGUUAAUGUGUAUGUUGUAUUUUGAUGUGUAUUGUUGUGCUAAACAGGACUCAUCUGGAAAAGAGCCCUUGGUCUCAGCAUUGACUCCCUGUCAAAAUAAAGCGGGAAAAUAAUUGUCA